AUGGCAGCUGCUGUCAUGCAUCCACUUUCAGCCAUGGCUCUUGAUAGAGAGAUCAUGGCUCCCUCUCCCAUCUCGAACAAUCAAUCUAGACAUGGUAGAGGUAAACAUGGAGGAAGUAUCUCCAACAAUAAGAAGACUCGUCAGAGAGGCUACAGCAUUAUUGCGGAACGCGAUUCUACUGUCACUCGAGCUCUUACCAAGCUUCUCAAGCGUUCAGUAGAACAGCAACAGGGAGAGGAUUUAGAGAAGCUUGCCGCUGAUCCUGAAGGCUGGUUCAAUUGUGAAAAAGUUCUCGAUGAUUUCAAAUUCCUCGACCUCAGUCUCUCAGAACUUCAAAAUCUCAUUCAGUCUCCUACAAAAUCCCGGUUCACCAUAAAAUCGAUUUCCUCAUCUGAGAUCGAAUCAGAAUCCCCAUCCAACUACCUUAUUCGUCUCAACAUUUCUUCCAUUCCCACAACCACCACUUCUACAAAUCUAUCCUCCAUCUCCCUUCAACUUCUCACCGCCUCAACCGCAGAUCUACCAGAUCUCAUCGUUUAUGAAACCUCGUAUGCAAACUAUUCCCUCAUUCUCGCUUCCGGAGGUAUCAAAAAAGCAGGCGGCCAAGCUUAUCUCGCGUUCUCUAAUAUCUUCGUCUCAUCUGAUGGUACCGAGGCUCGAACCUCUUCAUCCACUAGUAAAGAUGAUGCAGAUGUAUCCAUCUACAUCUCUCUCAAAUCAACUCUUGAAUCUCAUCCCGAGAUUAAAUGGUAUAGAAAUGGUAAUGGGGAGGUAUUAAGCGAGGGAGAUGAAGAAGGUGUUAUUAUUAAGAAUGUGUGGAAAAGGGUCGUUGCGAGAAGAGCAGAUAUUGGGGUAUUGUUUGAGAAUGGUGUGGUGAGGAAAGAGGUUCCGGUGGGAUUGAGGGGGAAGGGGCUAAAGGGGAAGAAGGGGGGGAGGGGAAAGGGAAAUACUUGGAAUAAGGAAAUGAAGGAGAGGAGUGAGGAUGAGGCGGAGUCAGUUAAGAUUAAAUGGGGGUUUGUUUUGGAAGGUUUGGAUGGGGUGUUGGAAGCAUACUCCUCGAGAAGAGAACUCCCAGGUCUACAUAUCUUCUAG